AUGCCGCCAUGGAGUUUCGAUAAUUCAGACAUCCGUAGAAACGAUAACGGAUCUGGAUCGUCACGGUAUAACCCACCAAGGACUGUAGCAGCUAUACAUGCCAGCGCACAAAAGGAUAACUCUAUAUCGCAAGAUGAUGCUAAGGAUGGCAGUGAAGAAAUGCCUUCAAAGACAAAUGAUAUUAUACAGGGUUCGGAAAUAUCAUCGAAAGAAAACAUUAUGAAUGAUAUAGCCGAAGUGACUGUGUCACAGCCUCAAAAACGUGGCCGUGGACGACCAAGAAAGGUUAAGGAAUCGUUACCAAAUGAAGUAAUUGCAGAGAAGGUAUCUGAGGAUCAUAGUCAAACGGUUAUCGGAGAUGCUAAGGAUAAUAAUGAUAUGACAAAUCAUGCAUUGGAUAACCCAGCUGAAAGGACAUUUGUCAGGAUGUUGGAUGAACAGUUGGCAUCGACAAGGAAUCGAUUGCCAGAAUCAUUCUAUGGAGAAGAUGUUUAUAGCACAGUUAAUAACGAAAGGCUACCUGAAGGGUGUAAAACUAUUAUGGAUUUCCUUAAUAUUCCAAAGAAUUACGAUUUUAAAUCAUUGGUUGACCUAGCAUUACACGGCUCGGAAGGGUUAUCUUUACCAGAAUCAAACCCCCAAACUGCAGGUGUCAUGACGGAGGAACCGAGGUAUACUGGAAAGUUCUCGGAUAGUUUCUUCGAGAAAAUAUUUCAUCCACAAACUACUAAACGCCACUAUAGUACAACAAUGGGUGAACCUGAACCCGCUCAGUUAGACACGGUUUAUGACACUAUCAAAGGAAAGUCACCCAGCGAGCUGCUCGAGAAACAACAGACAUCGCCAUUGGAUAAGAUACAUUAUGAUAGCUUGAUGUUUGACAAUCACGGAUACAUCAGACAUUAUCUCACACAUUUAAAUCAAUACAAUUACCGUGUACUCAGCGGGCAUCAUAAAUGUGACGAGAAGCUGAAUUACUACCUCAACAACGAAUAUAUACAGUACAUAUAUAAAAAAUUCCCGCCACCACAUGAUAACACUCAGAAGGUAAGGGAAUAUUUCAUGGACAAUAUACCGGAGAUCAUGGACAACCUGGUUAACCUUAUCAAAAACGACCCCAAUAAGGAUAGAACACCAUCUCCACCUCUACAUGAUACGUCAUUGGCGCCCGGGUUCAAACUUCCAGAUUACAUGAAACCUGGAUAUGAAACUGAUGAUGAAAGGACAGGUGGUUAUGUUGAGGAUGAUUUCAUCAGAUUCGCCAGUCUCGAUGGGCUACAUCAACCGGAGAAAUAUUUACACUAUCCAUAUGCUGACAUAGAACCACUCUAUCAGAGACAACUGCUUGCUGUGUACCUAGAUCUACUGAAAACUGGUGAAUUAGGCGAGCCAGGAACUUAUAAGAAGUACAAGGCUCAUGCCGCAAGUAUAAGGAACGAGACCUUUCCAGAUCAAACGAAGCUACCUAAUGAAAUAUAUGGGCAACAAACACCACAGCAACAGAAAAUUUUUGAUAAAACCACUACAUUUACAAAGGUAUAUGAACGUGGUAGUCGAAAGACUAGUGUAGCUUUGGUAUACCUAGAACCUGGUAACGGUCAUAUCAUCAUUAAUAACCGUGAUGGCUACCAGUACGUACGCUACUGUACCCAACGCAUUAGGGAGAUGCUCGAGCCACUGGAUUCCAUCUACGCUUAUACCAAGUUUAACGUGAUAGCUGUUGUUCAUGGAGGAGGAAUAACAGGACAAGCAGGAGCCAUUAGACAUGCCUUGUCGCGGUACAUAACCAAGAUAUUGGCACCGAAAUUGGAACCGUAUCUGUCUAUGCGUGACCUUACACGUGCUGACACACGUCAGGUCGAACGAAAGAAGACCAACUUGCGGAAGGCGCGCAAGAAGGAACACUAUUCUAAGCCCAGGGCAGGCUUUGCUGAUGCUAUAGUUAUCGAUACUGAGGGUGAGGUACCAUCCAAGAAACUUGCCAAGAAAAUCAGGGCACAGCAGUUAGCUGGACCUUUGGCAUCACGUGGAGCUGUAGAACGUACCAAGCUUCAAAAACUCAUAUCGAAGAUCAAGUCGAAGCGUGACAGUAUUGAUAUCGAUACUGAUGAAUCUGGUAGUUCGCAUAAGCGUGAAAGUGAUGAUAUUUGGGGUAAAGAUGCGGAACCCGUUGUUAAAAGAAGGCCAAAGAUGCCAUCUAUCGCGAAGAUCAUACCAGCAGUAGCCGCACCUCAUGCCGGACAAAGUUAUAAUCCAACCCCGGAGUCACAUGCUGAACUCAUUGACGAAGCUGUAGAAGCACUGCCAAAAUCGCAACCCGAUAAUGAUAAACCAUUGAGUGAUAUGAUACAGAAUGUUCUGCCAGAUAUAGACGUGGAUAUCCUUAAUCUUAAACAGAAGCAAUUGCUUGCUAAUCUGAUAAUACAGGACAAACUGGAUGACGAAUCCAUAUCAAAGGCAUUAGAUGAGAUAGAGGAUGAUGAUGAGAAGGACUCUGAAGAUGACAAUAUGGAAGCUAGAACGGCAAGCCGUAGUCGGAAAAUGAAGAGGAAGACACGUGCUCAGCGCAACAGGCAGAAAUUACACAAAGAAAUGUUAAAGCAAGCAUUGAAACGUAAACGUAUGAAACGAUUAGUGCAUGAUAUAGAUCGCCUUAAUCUACGGAAUGUGGAAGAAACGGCUGAGGAAGAGAAUAUGGAAGGCAAGGAAGCACGCUUAAGAAGGUACUUGGAGAACCUUAUUCGUGGAAAGACAGCACUGAGAUAUGGAAAUAAAGUUUAUAAAGCUGAUCCUCAUGUGGUCGCACUAUCUGAUGAGAUCAAAUCAUGUCUCCGACAGCUCGAAACUCCAACUAGGAGCGCUGUUGAUCAUGUUGUGGAUUCAAUCUAUCGUCGAGGUUUCGUACCAGCACCACCAGUGUUUGAUGAGCAAUAUCGCCGUAACGCUAAACGUAAAUUGUUAAAGCGUUGUGUCAAGUACAAGAGCAAGCUGCUGCACGUUAACAUGUUUAAGUAUUUUAUCGUAGAGGACUUAAUAUCGCUAGAAGUUAGUGAAUACCUCUGCGACGCACACAAAAAACUCACAACUAAAGUUGACGACAAAUACGUAGAUAAGGUUAUCGUAGAUGUUGGACUCGUAGUCCUCGUGGAGGAGCUAUUAGUCCUAUCAGAACCCAAGAUACUUCCGAACGACGCGAGUGCCCUGUUCACCCUUAAAUUGAAACUACUUGUAUUUUCACCGGAAAGGGACCAAAUUCUCAAUGGAACCAUCAUAUCAUCUGAUUCUACCGGAAUAUCUGUUUCUCUAGGUUUUUUUAGUGACGUGAAAUUACUUCCAUUAUUUUUACCGGAAAACACUUCCUUCGACCGUGACACUGCAACGUGGUUCACUGAAGACAACGGUACCAAACUAUAUUACAAAAACAACACAAACAUCAAGUUCAAAGUUGUAGAAGUCACAUAUAACGAAUUAAAUGACUUACCGGAAGACGAUCAAAUGCCAGUCAUGCUAGUUAUCGGAACACCAGCCUAA